CUUCGUUUAAAACGAGGAAAAAGCUUCAGAGUCCAUUGGAAUCAUCGGAUCUCUACUCGCGGCCUCCGUCCUCCCUCGGAAAAUUUUACAAGAAGCUCUUUGGAUAAGCUCGCAGAGAUGGAUAUAACCAAAAUGGACAGAGAGACUCUCACUCUAUUAGGGUCAGGGUGCUGUGUGAUGCUGUCAAUGCAUUUUACUGUACAAUUACUUUCACAACAUCUUUUCUAUUGGAAAAAUCCAAAGGAACAGAAGGCUAUAAUUAUCAUCAUUCUUAUGGCUCCUUUAUAUGCCAUCGACUCCUUUGUUGGUUUGCUGGACAUUCAAGGUAGCAAAGCCUUUUUCACAUUCCUGGACUCAGUUAAGGAAUGCUACGAAGCUCUGGUGAUUGCUAAGUUCAUGGCACUGAUGUAUAGUUACUUGAAUAUCUCUCUCAGUAAGAACUUAGUGCCUGAUGAAAUCAAAGGAAGGGAGAUUCAUCAUUCUUUCCCUGUUACACUUUUCCUGCCUCGCACUGUUCGCUUAGAGCAUCACACAUUGAAGGUCCUUAAGUACUGGACAUGGCAAUUUGUAGUGAUUAGGCCAAUCUGUUCGAUUCUAAUGAUUGUUUGCCAAGUCAUUGGUUGGUAUCCUAGCUGGCUCAGCUGGACUUUCACCUUCAUAUUGAACAUAUCAGUUUCUAUGGCAUUGUAUGCUCUGGUUAUCUUUUAUCACGUGUUUGCUAAGGAGUUGGCACCGCACAAGCCUUUGGCGAAGUUUUUGUGCAUCAAGGGAGUUGUCUUCUUUUGCUUCUGGCAGGGAAUUGCUCUCGAGGUAUUAGCUGCCGUGGGAAUUAUAAAAUCACACCACUUCUGGUUAGAUGUAGAGCAGAUCCAAGAAGCACUUCAGAACAUACUGGUAAUAGUGGAGAUGGUCAUCUUCUCUGUCCUCCAGCAAUAUGCAUACCAUGUUGCUCCCUACAGCGGAGCAGAUAAAGCCAAGUUCACCAAAAAGAACGAGUAAUUUGUUUCGAUAAGAAACCUACAGUAUGUUACAUUGAUAUUUUCCAUGUAAGCUUGAACUCUAGUCGGGUAUGUAUGGAGUGUAUUUUCGAUAGUAGGAGAGGUGUGAGGAGAGACAGUCAUCUGAUCAUAUUUGCAUAUCAUGUAUGAUGGAAUGCUCCAGAUUGUACUUCACUACAUGGUGUUUGGAUAUCGUAAUAAUAAUAUUUGGAGAAAAUUUUGGAAUA